AUGGAUUCUGGACCACCGAUAGCACAAUUGGUAGAAUGUGAAGCAGCACGGGCUGAAGUAAACACACCUCAAGUGGGUCAAACCAAUUGUAUUGUGCCUCCUAGAGAGCCACAAGUUAGAUUAUCCCUGGAUCCGGUCCAGGAAGUGGUUGCGGAAGUGAUGAAUCCCGUUAAUCAAGAAUUUCGAACUAGACAAGGUGGAACGAGACAGGCUAAUUUGGUGAGUCCUGUAGAAGUACCUAAUAUGCCAUCACAAGAUGUUGGCUCAAUUCUUGCUACUAUGACAUCUACAAUGCGUGACAUGGUAGAUUUACCUAAACCAGAAUUACUUUCGUUUCAUGGUUCUCAUGAAGAAUAUACAAGAUUCAUGAAUAGUUUCAAGAUAAAUAUUGAGAACAAGAUUUCAGAUGACAAUCUGAGAUUGACUUACUUGCAACAGUUUUGCAAAGGUAAAGCAAGAGAAUUGAUUCGUCAAUGUUCUGUAUAUCCUCCUACAGAAGGAUUGACUUUAGCAAAGAGACUUCUAAGAGAAGCUUACGGAAGACCAUUGUUGAUUGCCAGAACUUAUAUGGAAGAGUUAAUACAUGGUCCAAUGUUGAAACCAGAUGAUCGAGAUAGUCUUCUGGAUCUUUCUCAUAAAAUGGAAGAAUGUUACCUAACGCUGUCGCAUUGGAAGCAAUAUUCAGAUCUAAAUAAUUUUGACAAUAUUGCUCAACUUUCAUGUAGAUUACCCCUGAAGUACCAUAAUAAAUGGGAAGAAGAGGCAGCAGAUUAUGAGAAUAGAAACAUUGAACUAAAAUUUGAACAUCUUUUAAAGUUUGUCAAGAAAGCAGCAAUUACGGCACAAUCAUCGAUGGGCAAAGCUAUGAGAGCUCAUAAAGAGAGGGAAAAGGCUAAACACCCUCAAAAGAAGAGAAUUUAUGCAAAUUCCACUUCAACAAGUGGUGAUGGCAAACCUGAACAAUCUACCGAGAGAAAAGGUACAUUUGUGAGAAAUAGAUACAGAUGUGUUAUCUGUUCAAAAGAUCAUUUUCUUAUUCAUUGUCCAGAGUUUGAAAGAAAAUCUGCAAGUGAACGCGAGGCUACAAUUCGUGAAUUUCAUAUUUGCAGAAACUGUUUAUACAUUGGUCAUAUGGCACGGCAAUGUCGUAAGAAUCCUGCAUGUACUGAGAGAGGAUGUGGUGGCAGACAUCAUAGAAUGCUUCAUCGAAAUGUUGCAGAUACUAAGCGAAAAGAGCAAAGUACAAGUUCCGCUACUCAAACUGCUACAUCGGGAUCGACCUUAACGAACUAUACCAGAAAUUCAGCUGGAGUAUACUUGAAUAUAGUUCCAGUGAAAGUAUCCUCACCUCAAGGUAGAGAAAUUGAAGUAUACUGUUUCCUAGACGAGGGAAGCACCUCUUGUCUAUGUGAUAAAAGAUUGAUGGAACUUUUAGAGAUGGAUGGUGAACCAAUGAGUUAUUCCAUUACUACUGUAAACACACCGAAUCCACAGAAACAAGAUGGAUUCGCUCUUGACUUAACUGUUAAACCACUGAAAGGGGAAGGUUGUGUGACAUUACAUCGUGUGCUCACUGUGGAUGAAAUUCCGACAGUACCGAAUAAAUUACCUAAAAGGAUUGAAUUACAAAGGCAUGAAUAUCUCGAGGGUAUUGAAUUUCCAAAAUUACCAGAUGAAAGAGUGAUGCUCAUGAUUGGCGUGAAUGUACCUGAAGUAUUCUGGGUAAAAGAUGAAAGGCGUGGUACUACAAAUGAACCAGUUGCAAAAAGAAGUAUUCUUGGUUGGUCACUGGUCGGGCCUGCCUUUAAUAAAGCUUCUGGGAAUGAAAGUUUUCAUGUACAUGUUAAUCAUGUUGAAGUGAAAAGUGAAGAUCUUCAACAACAAAUUCGAGAGAUGUGGGAAACGGAUUUCAAAGAUAUAUCAUUGACUCCCACACCAACAUUGUCAAGAGAAGAUAAGUAUGCAUUACAACUGAUGGAAGAUAAUAUAAAGAUGGUGGAUGGACAUUACCAAUCUCCGUUACCAUGGAAACCGGAUGUCCUGAAUUUCCUAAUAAUCGUGAUGCAGUUAUGA